AUGUACAAUCUAUUGGACACAUUUUCUCGGAUGUUGGCUUUAUGUGUCCUCUGGCUUUUGUUUUUUUCAGAGCUAUGCCACGGGAACUCAUUGCACCAAAAUCAUUCCUAUGCGCUUGCCACAGAAUACCGGCCGGUCGACUUGGGAAACGUACGAGCUGAUGUUUCCUUCGCAAUAGCCACCACAAUCCUACGUCCGGGGCCUACGCUUCCAGUCUGGCUUGACUAUCACCUUCGCUGGGUACAGCAUGUAGUGAUCUACAUGGACGAUCCAGAUGAGCGGCCGUUGUUUGAGCAGCUUUGUGGGGACAGACCUGUCUCACUCUUGCAUGGGUCACAAGUCGAGUCUAAAAUGACGCCAGAAAGCCGCCUCAUCAAACGCCAGAUGGCCAACAUGAAGCAUGCAAUCGCUUAUCUGAUGGAGCGUGGCUACACAUGGCUCAUCCAUAUUGAUCUGGAUGAGCUGCUCUUUGGGCCUUUAGUCGACUCACGCUCCUGGGCUAAAGACCCCGAGGUGGGCCUCGUGACCUUUACCAAUCACGAGGCACUUCCAGUCGACUUCGAGACCUCAAAUCCGUUCAAAGACUGCGUUUAUUUUUGGGUGAACGGGGUGGACCACAACGACAAAUUUACCGCCUACGGCAACGGCAAGAGCGCAGUCCGCCUCGGACCGGGCGUCGAGCCACGAGGACCCCACUCGUUCUCCGGCCACACUGGCCGUGCUUUUGCACCCCCAGAAAAAGAGGCGAUGGUAUUGCACUACCCGUACCCUUCUUACAACAGCUGGCUUCACAAGUUUAACCACUACGGCUCUUUUUCUGACCACUGGUUCGGCGACCGCCAGGGGCCAAGGAUCAUUGGCUUCAUGUUGCAAUCGCGAGACGUGAUCCAAAUGGCGCAUAAGAACGAUGACUGGGCCAGUGCCAGGGCAUUUUUCUCGAAGCGAAUUCUUGAUACAAAGUCGAAGAAAGAAGCUAUUCGCCAGGGCAAGUUACGUCAAUACAUGCCGUUCGCGGGAAAUUGA